UACCUUUUUCUCACAACCAUGUUCCGGCAAUUCCACAUUGACAUUUAUUGUGUCAACAAUCAAAACCUUCAUUGAGAUGAAGAGAUUGGCAUCUCGCCCCCUUGAUGGGCAUCACAUCAGAAUUCCAAUGACAGCUUUUUGCAACGGUCUAAUCAAUUCCAACUAAUUGGCUGAGCACUUUUUUUUGAUUGUUGGAUCCAACCAGCACGGAAAGGCAUCAUAAAAAACAACUGGAUUGGCAUUUUCUCACAAAAUUAUUCUCGUUGGAGCUGAACCAUAAUAAUGACGUCUUUUUCUUUUCUCAUUGUGGCUUUGCUUGCUGCUACAAAGACUGUGGAUGCCUUUUCGGCAAUUGCGCCUCCACAAGGCAAAAAUAAGGUCCUUGUCUUGGUCGAGCCAAGCCCAUUGACGUAUGUCAGUGGCUACGCCAAUCGCUUUCAAGCCUUGUUUAAGCACUUGGAUUCGCAACAAACUAACUUUGAAGUGGUGACGGUCGAUGUCCACUCGGGUCAAAAGCCCGACUCCCAUUUGGGUCGGACCGUCCAUCACACGGCGGCAGUGCCCAUUCCCUGGUACAACGAACUCGGAUUGAGCGUGGAUUGGAGAUUCCAAAUUGGACGUGUCAUUCGACGCAUGAGACCCGACAUCCUGCACGUGUCCUCUCCGGGAUUGUUGCCCUUUCCGGCAUUGUUGUACUCGAGACUCUUUCAAAUCCCAUUGCUCUUUAGCUACCAUACACACAUGCCAAUCUAUGUUCGAUCCUAUGUCCCCAAAUUCAUGGGAUUGCAACGAGGUUGUGAAUGGUUGUCCUGGCAACUCAUUCGCAUCUUUCAUUCCAUGGUAGAUGCUACUGUGGCCACAUCACCUCAGAUUGUACAAGAAUUCAAAGAUCAUGGCAUUCCUCGUUGCUUCUUGUGGGAAAAGGGGGUCGAUACCGAACGAUUCCAUCCACGCUUCAAGAGUCAAGAGAUGCGCCAUCGCAUUACCAACGGAAACCCCGACGACUUUUUGAUCGUCCACGUGGGACGUCUGGGCAGGGAAAAGCGUAUCGAUGAAAUCAAGGAGAUUCUGCAUAAGAUGGACAAUACUCGUUUGUGCAUUGUGGGACAUGGUCCCUACGAGAAGCAACUCCACAAAAACUUUGCCGAAUUCGGAGACAAAGUCCACUUUACGGGCUUGUUGCACGGUGAUGAACUCUCUCAAGCCUAUGCCAGUGCCGAUGCCUUUUGCAUGCCGUCCGAUUCCGAAACGUUGGGAUUUGUCGUUUUGGAAAGCAUGGCAUCGGAGGUGCCCGUGGUGGGAUGCAAUGCCGGAGGUAUCCCACACACCAUUCGCCCCGUGGAAAACACGGGAUCCUUCUUGGUGGAAACAGGGGAUAUUGAUGGGUAUGUGGAGAAGUUGAAGCUGUUGCAAUCCAAUGUCGAGCUUCGGCAGCGAAUGGGUCGACGGUCCCGAGAAGAAAUGCUCCGGUGGAGCUGGGAAGAUAGCAUGUCCCAGUUGCGCGAAGAAACGUAUCGAGUGGCCAAGGAAAACAAGCACAAUCGGUGGGAGAAUCGUCUUUGGAGAGUGGCGACGCUGCAGCCGUUGCGCAAGCGAAUCUUUGGUCGUCGUCGUCGUCAGCAGCAGCGUACCGUCAUGGGGGCUGGUGAUGCCGUUCCCACCGUGGUAUCUGCCAAGGUGGAGGAUAUCUAAUAAGGAGACGGUGAGAGCAUGCAGAAAGCAAGCAAUGAUUGGUUGAUGCCUGGUGUGAGUGAGUGAGAGUAUGUAUGGAGCUACGGCAAGGUAGCUAGUUGCAAUGAAUUAAAUAGAUAGGAGACUACUAUAAAGCAAAAAGAAUAAUACAUGGUUCUUCCACUUUCACAGCCUUCAGCAAACGAUCCACGGCAUCCACAUUUGGAGGAGACUUCUCCCAUGGACGAUCCAGUGGUGGUGGCAGCUUUGCUGAAGCUCCCGCAGCGCAAGUCUAGGGACAAGGAGGACC